AUGUCCCGACAGGCCACCUUGGAGAAAGAGUUGGAGCAGCUCAACGAUCUCAACAUCAUGGCUGAUCAGCUACUAGAUACCAUCAAGAAAACACAACGAAACAUCACGUCGUCCAAAAGUGCCACCGAUAACACUUCUGCGUUGCUUGAAAACUGGAUUAAGAUCUUGAACCAGUCCAAAUUUGUCGGAGACGUACUUGAGGAUCCCAGUUGGACAGGUGCGGUCGAUGUGGAGUCUUCACAAGGUCUUGAUACGGAAGUGGCCAAACUCAAUGCUGAGCUCCAGGCACUUGAGAAGGAGAAUUCGGCUAUUCAACGACGUCUUGACUCGGGGUCACUGCCUAUCAACAAGAGAGUCAGAAGAUAG